CAGCAUACUUGUUUACGUUAUUGACGCAUACGCAGUUGUCCACAACUGCGCACACAGCAAGUAGCUUGCUGCUCGCAGCAGUGCGUGAGGGAGGAUUUCAAGGAGAGACAGAAAUCAUGGCGGUGAUUUUAAACAUACUGACAAUGUCGCCAAGGAGGUUAGGGAUGUUAAUUACAAAUACACGUUUAAGGCACCACACCAGUCUAACAACUGAACUUAUCAACAACAUGGACAAAAAAGCAACAUGGGACCGGUUCUACACAGAAAACAACAGCAAGGCAACCAACUUCAAAAAUUUUGAGUGGUUCUUCGGUUUCGACGCAAUCCGGGACUUCAUCCUGCCCAUGCUGCAUUCACAGCCCAACUCUGAUGCCCUACAUGUUCUGGACAUGGGCUGUGGUACCUCUGCCCUAGGAUCCUGCAUAUACAGAGACUCUCCCUGGCCAGUGCAGGUGACCUGCGCUGACAUCUCCGCUAUUGCUGUGCGCCUUAUGCAGGAACAAACAGAAGCCAAAGCCGUGCAACCUCAGAACCCUUCCUCUAAGCUGGACUUCUUAGAACUGGACUGCACUCAUCUCCACAAACAAUUUGGUUCUGAGAGCCUGGACCUCAUUCUAGACAAGGGCACCAUAGAUGCCUUGUUAAGGUCGAGGGAAGGGGGAGCCAAGGCCAGCCAGGUGCUUAAGCAGUGCCUAAAGGUGUUGAGGGACUCUGGGUCUCUCCUUCAGUUCUCAGAUGAGGACCCUGAUGCCAGGAUGUUGUGGCUGGAGAAAGAGGUCCGGGAGCCGGGUUUGAUGGCUGCCGAUGUGGGGGUGCAGGAGGUGGGGGAGCUAAGGGGAGUGACUUAUUACUGCUACCAAGUUACCUCUCGUCCUGUAGCACAGUAGGUAGUCAGUUGUUUUUGUAUGUCUGCGUUGCGCCAUAAUGCACCCAAGUCAGGGAGUGAACGUCUUUUUGACAUGAAUGAGAUGUGACUGUAAUAAAUAAUUUCUUGAUACAA